CUUUUGGAAAUAUGGCGGUCUAUAGCUACAUGUGUACAGUGUCUUUGGCAGUUGCUUGUUUUUGCCUUUUCAUCGGCGUGUUUGCAGAAUGGAACACCAACGAUUACCUCCGGCGAGAACAUACACUUGUAAAGCCGUACCAAGGAUCAGGAGCAUCAAUGCCUUUAUGGGACUUUGUAGGAAGCACUCUUGUCACUAAUAACCACGUACGUUUGACUCCUGAUCACCAGAGUCGACAGGGAGCAAUAUGGAACACUCAGCCAUGCCACACAAAAAAUUGGGAGCUCCAUGUUCAGUUUGCUGUGCACGGUUCAGGGACUACCUUAUUUGGAGAUGGAAUAGCGAUUUGGUAUGCUAGGGAGAAAAACAAGUUGGGUAAUGUUUUUGGAAACACUGAUUUUUUCUCUGGAUUGGCAAUUUUCAUGGACACAUACAGUAACCACAAUGGUCCCCACAAUCAUGAACACCCAUACAUAUCGGCAAUGGUAAACAAUGGUUCACUGACCUAUGAUCACGACCGUGAUGGGACACAUACACAGCUGGCCGGAUGUGAAGCAAAGUUCAGGAAUAAAGACUACGGCACUUAUGUGGCCAUCCGUUACCAUAACGAAGUCCUUAAGGUUUCUAUUGACAUUGAUAAUAAAAAUGGCUGGAAGGAAUGUUUUGAAGUUCGUGGCAUCAAAUUACCACUUGGCUAUUACUUUGGGGCUUCGGCUACUACAGGACAGUUAGCAGAUAACCAUGAUAUCAUUUCUAUGAAGCUGUAUGAACUUGAUUCACCAGAAGAACAGCAGGAAUAUUGGGGAUUGCCAUCAGCGGAAGUGUAUGAUGCACCACGAGCCCGUGUGGAGGAUGUGCGGUCAAGCAUGAGUGGUUGGAAGAUUUUCCUCUUCAUUAUUUUAACCAUCAUAGGCCUGGGUGUUUGUGGUGUGGUUGGAUACCUUAUAUUUAAUAAAAAUAAUGAUUAUUCACGGAAACGCUUCUAUUGACAGCUGUCCUGCUGUUUGAUCUCAAAAAUCCAUUACCUUUUUUUUUUUUACAAAUGCAACACACCACAGUCUUCUUAAAGGAAAGUUUGGAUAUAGAAUGUACAUGCACAAAAUGUGGUGUCACUUUCAUUCAAUCAGGCAAUACAUAUUUUUACAAGAAGGCGUUAAGGAAUUGAAACAGUUAAAUGUUUCAUGGUUUGGAAUUAUAUUGAACUGAUAUAUUUUUUGUCUAGAAUGAUAUGGAAGUUUUAAGCUGAAAAUCGAUGAAUUUAGAACAUCAAUUGAGCAGUUUUGAAAUAUUAGACAAAACUUUUUCAUUUCAAAAUAAUUUAUAAACUAAAUAAUUACUGGAGCUAUUUUAUAUGCAAACAUAAUACAUUUAGGUGUCAGAAUAAGUCUGUGAGUGUUAGAUAAGACUGUCACACCACAGUCAGUAAACUGAAGCUAUUAAUCGGAUAUCAGCUACGUAAACUUUCUGUACACUAAAAAGUAUGGAUUAUCUUCAGAUCAGAUCGGACCUUAACUGCAUUUUUGAAUUCAACCAAUUUUGAAAGAUUUUUUUUAUGUAUUAAUGUUGUAGAAUAUAUUUUUUACAAAUUAUAUUUAUCCACUAGCAUUAAGCCAUUGUUCUCAUACCUUUGAAAUGAUAUUUUUUUUCCAAAUAUCUUCAAAAUUGUGUCAAUUUUCAAUUUUCUUUUGGCACUGUUGUUUACCAAUCAAGAUUUAGCAGUAUUGUGUAUCAUGGAAAAGUUGUUUCCUUUCUGAAUAUUUUAGUGAUAGAUAAAUAUUCUUACAAAAGAGAAAUAUUUCAUUAUAAUGGUUUCUUAUAAGACUAAAUACAGCUGCAUACAUAAAUAAUGUACCAUAUGUUGACACCCCUGAGAGUCAAAACAACUUGUGUGUCAGAAGUAAUUUUGUUCAUCAGAGAUUCUUUAUGAAAUUUGCCAAAUAUUAAUGAUAUGAUAUCUUGUGUAUGACUGUUGAAAGUAUGCAAUCCUGUAAGUAUACAGUGAGAGGAUCAAUAGGUACGAUUGGGAGUAGAAAACUAGUAUCAUGAGCAUGGACAGAAAGUUUUGGAACACAUCAAGAAACAAAAUUCAAAAUAGUCAAAAGCAAAACAUAGAGAAUAAUACAUGCCUUUUUCCAUAUCACACCCAAUAUCAA